UGUCUUGAAAUCGCAGUGUCAUUGAGUUGCACACAUCUUGCAGGCAGCAUGAAGGCUUUAACCCUUUUUCUCGUUUUAAGAGCCCUUGCAGCAGUGUUCGCCAAUCAACUGGUGUUCAACAAAGCUUUCUAUCAUCUUUUAGAAGAGGAUCAUCAAAAUAGAAUGGCUCAAGCUGUUAGAGACUCUAACUUGCCAGAAAAGACCUUGAUCUCUAACGAUGCCAACGAUCCCACCGAAUUCUACGAACCGUGGAUGAAACCUUGCGUCUUUCGAGGAAAGAUAUGUAUCUUCAAGGCGAAGCAAGAUGCCUGUCAAAAGCUUUGUUGCGGUGACCAGUUCUUUGAGUGCAUUAGAUAUCAUAAACCCGAAAACCACCCAGGAUUCCUCGUGCGUAUGAGUCCAUUGAAGAAAGGCUGUGUGGCGCUGCUCGGUUUGUGUAGGGCUUUGAGUCCAUCCUGUGCAGGAAAGUUAUGUUGCUUCCUUCGCUUCAGACAGUGCUAUGAGUUUGUCAGCAAAUUCGAAAAUUAGCCUCAAGACAAGUUACAAUGCUACAAUGGCAACGGAUAGCAAGAUAUCGAUCCAGAUGAUGUGCAAUCAGGCUCAAGUUUUUCCUUAAUAAUUCAUUAUUAUCUUGAUGUAACAUGCAGGCAAUUAGAGAACUAGUCAAUAAAAGAGAGAACAACAUGA